CGGCCCGCCCCAGCUGUGAGCAGCAUCUCCGAGCGCUCUCCCUGGAGACGCAGGUGCUGGCAGGUGCCCCCGGGGAGGAUGGCAUGGCACCUGCUUGCCCUCCUGCUCUUCUUCACUGUCGCUGAGGGGACAAAUGUUCCAUAUAAUUUAGCGCCCAGCUUUCUCCCAAACAUGUCCCGGCUGACCGUGCCCGAAGAUCUGCCCAUAGGCGCGGUAGCUUUCUGGCUUAUAGCUACGGACGUUGACCAAGACACUCUGUCCUACGACAUGGCUGGACCGUUCGGGGACCGCUUCUCAGUCGAGGGACACACGGGGAUAGCUAGGGUGGCCAAGACUCUGGACUAUGAGGAAAACAUUCACUUGCCAGUCACCCUCCUUGUAACAGACAGAAUCAAUUCACAAGUGCGGAAAGACGUCGUCAUCGUAGUGGAGGACAGGAACGACAACAAGCCCGUCUUCCAGAAUCCUCCAUCCAGCGCCUCGGUCUACGAGAAUGAUACUGUCGGAACGAUCGUCUGCACAGUGCUAGCCGAAGACCGCGACACCGGCUCAAGCGGCCUAGUGAAAUACUCGAUCUUGGGGAUCAUCCCAAACACCACGGAAAACGUGAACCUGUUCACCGUCUCGGACAACGGCAGCAUCUACCUCAACGGUCUGCUCGACUACAACAGCAAGAGCACCUACUAUCAGCUGCAGCUUCAGGCCUACGACGGUGGGGGCCUCCUAAAUGGGCAGCACGUUGUUCAACGAUCUCAGAUCAUCUACCUUCCCAUCAACGUCGUGGACGUCCCCAAUCUGGCACCCCAGUUUAUUGGGGCUCCUUUUGAGGGCUCCGUGUCUGAGGAUGCUAUUUUGAAUAAGGAGAUCCUGAGAGUGGUCGCUAUCGAUGGAGACAAGGGUAUCAACGACUACAUCUACUUCAACAUCACCGAUUCCACCAGGCCGACCUGGUUCACGAUCGACUCGGUUAGCGGCACGAUCAACGUGAACAGUACUCUGGAUCGGGAGGACCUGCUGAAAGAAGACGAGGCGGUGCGGCUGCAGGUUUAUGCCACAGAGGCCAAAGAGGACGUCAACGGGAUCAGAGCCUGGAACAGCACGUGGGUGACGAUCAAGGUGACGGACGUCAACGACAACGACCCCAAGUUCUACUUCUGCCAGACGGCCGACUGCAACUUCAGCCAGGCCCAGAACACCUUCGAGGGCUUCAUCGAGGAACACGCCUCCAGUCGGGUGCCCGUCAACAACCUGAGCAUCGUGGCGUACGACCCUGAUAAGGGCCCCAACGGCACGUUCCACCUGAGCCUGCACGGGAAGGACCGAGACGCCUUCUCCGUGUUCCCCAACAAGGUGGUCAACCAGGGUGAGGUCCAGGUGCUGGUUUUCAACUCCACCCUGGUGGACUACGAGAUCAAUGACAACAUGGAGGUGGAGAUCGUGGCCAACGACUCGAUGAGCUACAAAACCUCCAGCGCCCAGGUGACCAUCAAGCUCAUAGACAUCAACGACCACGCCCCCACCUUCAACCAGAGCCUCUUCGUCCUGGAAGUCAGCGAGAACAGCGAAAUCGGCACGGUGGUCACUGACAGCAUCCAGGCUAUAGACCCAGAUACCGGUCCCUGGGGCAGUAUCACCUACCAGCUGCUGCCCGAGUCCAUCCGGCACAUCUUCCAGGUGGAGCCGGCCAGCGGGGUGGUGACGGUGAAGAACGGGAGUCUGCUGGACCGCGAGCGGCAAGCCGUGCACUACGUCACGCUGCAGGCCCAGGACGGCGGCAAACAGAUGGGCUCCACCCUGCUAGAGAUCAGGCUGAAGGACGUCAACGACAACCCGCCUGUCGUGAGCAGCUCCUACAACGCCUUCGUCAAAGAGGAGGUCGACGGCGUGAACGUGAAGAUCCAGGCCUACGACAACGACGAGCCCGACAGCAACAACAGCCGGAUCUGCUUUGAGAUCCUGGAGGGGCCGUACAGCAGGAACUUCACCGUGGAGUGUGACUCCGGGGUCCUGACCAACGGGACCACCCUGGACCGAGAGGCCAUCGACCCGGUCCUCCUGGGCAGAAUCCAGCUGACCGUGCUGGUGUUCGACCUCGGGGUGCCCUCCCUCAACACCACCGUCAACGUCACCAUCAAUGUGGAGGACAUCAACGAUAACCAGCCAGUGUUCAACAGCUCCCUCUACGAAUUCAGCAUCAAAGAAAGAUUGAAGGGUGCGAAGAUAGGGGUGAUGGAGGCCUGGGAUGCCGACCAGACCGAGGUCAACAACCGCAUCACCUUCACCCUCAGCGGGGUCGGCACCAAUAACUUCGUGAUCCACGCCUCCCCCCAGCCCGGGAACCUCCACGGAGGCAGAUACCAGGGCACUCUGUCCCUCGAUCCCGAGGUCACCCUGGACUACGAGACGAAGCCCAACAACUUCUCACUGACCGUGCAGGCGGUCAACACGGACUCGACCGUGGGCCUCAACACGACCCAGGCGGUGGUCAGGGUGGUGGACAUCAACGACGAGCCCCCCUACAUCGUGAAGGACUCGCUGCGGCAGGUGGAGGUGGCGGAGAACCAGCCCCAUUUCGGGGUGGUGACCACGGUGAAGGCCGAGGAUCCGGACACCUCGGCCGACGUGAAGAUCCAGCUGCUGUCCGUGACCUGUCUCCAGGACCAGCGGGACGUGGGCCCCGUGUGCCGGGACUGGUUCGUCGUGGACGCCGACGGCACCGUGUCGGUUAACGAGAGCUCGGCCAUCGACUAUGAGCUCUGCGAUCUGGUGCACCUGAUCAUCAGGGCCUGGGAUAAUCACACCUGUGAGAACUACCCGGCCUACAGCCCUGAUGAGACCUUGCCCAUCGCCAUUGGAGAUGUGAAUGACAAUUAUCCUCAAUUCCAAACCCAAGAAGAGACUUUUGUGGUGGUCCCCGAAGUUGCCCCCCGAGGUCAGCAGGUGGCUUUGGUGAAGGCCAACGACUCUGACGCGAAGGGGACCCAGGAGAUCAAUUUCUCCAUCAUGAAAGUGGAGUUCAUCAGAAAGGACGAGACCAACUCCACCCAUCAGGGCCUGUUCAGCAUCGACACGCAGCGGGAGAACAACAUGCACCUCGGCCGUAUCACGGUGGCCACCUCCCUGGACGCCUCUCUGAAGGGGAAGUACCAGCUGACAGUGCAGGCCAAGGACAAUCCGUUCAGCGGCGACUCCUUGGCCACCAACCACUCCCUCAGCCUCUUCACUGUGGACGAGAGUCAGAAGGUUCAGCUACAGUUCUCCCAGCCGGCGAGCGAGGUGGCGGCCAACUCGGAAGAGAUUAAAGAAUCUCUGACCUUAGCCACCAGGACAACGGUCUACAUAGCAAGCAUCGCGGACUUUUCUGAAAAAGAUCGGGCCUCCAGUCUUCAGGCGAAGUCCUACAUGGACGCCUACUUCGUGUACAAGAACGGCACCGCCCUGACCCAGAACGAGCUGAGCGUACUGAUCCGGAGCAACCCGGAGGAGUUUCAGAAGCUGUUGCAGCUGGGGCUGGUGGUGAUUGGCUCCGGGGAGAAAGAGAAAGUCAACAAGGAGAAGCAGCUGAUUAGCGCCGUAGUGGGGCUGAGCGUGGCAGUGGUGUUGCUUGGUGUCAUCAUGGCCACCGCCCUGGUGUGCACAAGAAAGAGCUACCGGAGGCAACUGAAUGCCGUGAAGGCCGCCAAGGAAGCCGACAGCGGCAUCUCUGAAGCCACCCGCCCCGGCCUCACCAUCCCCGGGACCAACCUGUACAAGGAAGGAGCCAACCCCGUGCUCAACCUGUCCGCUGGGGACCUCGGCUUCAAUGAGUCUCUGUCCUCCCAAGAUUCUGUCAGCCUCAACUCCCUGGACGAGAACCUGGUGGGCAGCCAGGAUGGCUCGAGUCCAGGACAGAAGUCGGACGGCGUGGACCGCGGGCUGGGCCGCAGCGGUUGGGAGGAGCCCCUGGUCGAGGUGCUGGAGGGCCGGACCCCCCGGAACUCCAAGCCGGGCGUGGAGCCGGACCCUUUCCUGAUGGGCUUCACCAACCCCUCCCUGGACACCACGGAUCUGUGAGCCCCCCCUCGCCGGACCCUCGCCCCCAGCCUAACACUGAUGCACCGGGCACUUUGUCUGCGGGAGGGUCGCCGGCCGGGGAGUCUGUUCGGAUCGCCACCCAGAACCCGCCUCUCCCUGUGAUCCCCGAGCGUCUGGGACUGAGAUACCUACCCCCUUCCCUUCCCUACCUCCAGACUGGCAUCUCUCAGGGGUCCUUGCCCCCUGCUGCUCCCCCAUUCAGGAGGUGUCCCCCCACCCCUCGGGGGGGGGUAAUAUAUCUGGCUCCUGACUGAGGCUGGUGAGGAUCUUCCCCUCCGCAUCCCUUCUAGCCCCCUCCCUCGGCCCCCCACCAACCUCACAGUGCUAACUCUGGACUGUAAGCUCGCUGUGGGCAGGGAAUG